AUUAUGAGAUUUAAUCCAUGUUUCAACAUUACACCAGUUCUCUAAGAAUUUGGGGAUUUUUCUUGCAGCGUAAAGAAGCUAAAACUGUAAACUAUGAAAGUACAGCUGAGAAACUGAACUGUUUUUUUGAUGUACUAGAAACAGGAGAACAGUGUAAAGCACUGAAGGUCAAGUAUAGCAAGGUCCAUGAAGUCUUCUCUACCUGCACUGAAAGUCAGAAAUGUGCACGAUGUGGAGAAAACUGGAAGCGCUUCGGUGUGAAGUGUUACUUCUUUUCACCUGAUUUCCUGAACUGGACGAACAGUAGAGAUCGCUGUGUAAAGAUGGGAGGACAUCUGAUUAUAAUAACCAGCCAAGCUGAACAGACUUUUGUGUCUACGGGUCUUGGAAAACCUCACUGGAUCGGGCUGAAUGAUUUGGAGACUGAAGGAAAGUGGAUGUGGGUAAACAACCAACCCCUGACUGAUACAGGAGUAACAUUCUGGAGUACAAUUGCAGAUGGAGCAGAUGAGCCUAAUAACUGGAAAGAAGAAAACCCUGCAGGAGAGAACUGUGCUAGUCUGGGGGAUGAAAAAGGACGUUUUAGAGUAUGGUUUGAUGCUUCCUGCAGUAAAACAAGGAAAUAUAUCUGUGAAAAGUAAAAUACUUAUCAGAUUUGAACAUGGUAUAUCAGUUUUUCUUAUCACAGAUAAAAACAAAUCUUAAAAUCAGCUUAUUUUGAGAAAAGUCUGUUUCACAGUUUGACGAGAUUUUGUUUAAAUGUGUAAAAACAAGUUGUGUAAAUGUAUCAGUAAGAAAUGUACUUGCUGCAGUAAUUUUGGCCACUAGAGUGCAGUAUGUGAUUGUGAAGCAGUUUUUAUCCUACUCUGUUGCAGAAACAUAAUUGUUCCAUUAAACAGCAAUAUUAUUUUGUAACCUUAAAAUGUAAAGAAAAUAAUGUUUAUUGUCCUUUAAAUAUAUGUAUAACUGCCAACUGAACUCUGUGCACAUGGAACGGUGUUUCAUUGGGUGUUUUAUGCCUAUAAAAGCCAUUUAAGUAAAAAAAAAACUUAACUUUAUUCUUGUGUUCAAAUCUUGAGUUAAUCUCAUCAUGUCUACAUCUACACGUCACUGAACAAUUCAGACUAACCUUCAAUCUUUCACAAGAAAAUGUUAUUUUA